CGCUCGCCUUCCAGACUCCUCCCCGCUCCUCCACCGCUCCCCUCGCUCCUCCCACGCCCGCCUCCGGCUCCACUAUAAAUCUCUCUCGCCGCAAUCGUCCCAAUUCAUUCAUUCAAGCCGAGAGCAACGCCCCCAAUUCAUCGAUCAAACGACGACAGCUCGAAUCGACCAUGGCGUACAUGCGCGUGACGCACCGCGACGAGGAGGGCAAGAAGGUGACGGAGAAGCUGCCCGUCCCGGAGACGCGCCGCCCGGACACCGCCAAGUACUUCGAGCGCAAGCUCGAGGAGCAGGGCUUCCACCGCUUCGAGCGCCACCCGGCCAACGCGCCCCGCGGCGUCGGCAUCGGCACCCCGCCGCCCAAGUCCGGCCGCGGCGGCAAGUACACCUGGGAGGGCCCCGGCGGCCUCGUCGAGGACGAGCUCGACCCGGCGCCGCCCGCCAUCGACCCCAACGACCCCAACUACGAGGACGACGAUGGAGCCCAGGACGAGGUGGCCAAGGAGGUGGUCGUCGGGGAGGUGGAGGUCGCCAAGGUGGCCGAGGAGAGGGACGGCGUCGCCAGGGUCGACGUCGCGCCGCCCCUGCUCCAGGAACAGCACACUCAGUAGCUCCAGUUCUACUACUACAAAGGCUCUUCUGAGAGCUCACCUGUAGCAACUCAUCCUCAUCCUUGUUGCUGUGUUCACUGUUGAGCUUUGGAUGUGAACUGUGUUUUAUUUGGUGCACUAAUCAAUCAAUAAUCGAAUGUGAGAAUUAAACUCUGACUAA